CCCUCCCUGCUGCGGCCCAGCCUGGAGGGCGUGUCGCCCAGGCCUCCGCCCAGACCUUGCGAGGCGCCCUCCGGUCCGCCAGGAGCUGGGGCCAGGAGGGCCCGCAGCCGCGCCUGGAAGAUGCGCCCCGGGACUGCCGGCACCCUGAAGGCAGCAUUCCUCGUCCUUGCCUCCCUGUGCGCCUGGUAUUCCGGGUACCUGCUCGCAGAGCUCAUUCCAGAUGUGCCCCUGUCCAGCACCAUCUACAGCAUCCGGAGCAUCGGUGAGAGGCCCGUCCUGAGAGCGCCAGCUCCGAAAAGGCAAAAAUGUGACCACUGGACCCCAUGCCCCGCAAACAGCUAUGCCUACCGGUUGCUCAGCGGGGGUGGCAGGGACAAGUAUGCCAAGAUCUGCUUUGAGGAUGAGAUGCUCAUAGGAGAAAAGACUGCAAAUGUUGCAAGAGGAAUAAACAUUGCCAUUGUCAACUAUAUGACUGGGGCAGUGAUAGCAACACAGCAUUUUGAUAUGUACGAAGGCGAUAACUCUGGACCGAUGGUGAGGUUUAUUCAGAGCGCCCCUUCGCAGUCCCUGCUGUUCAUGGUCACCCAGGAUGAAGGCAGCAGCAGACUGAAGGAGGAUGCCAAGAAGACCAUCGAAGCCCUGGGAAGUAAAGAGAUCAGAAACAUGAGAUUCAGGUCAAGCUGGGUGUUCCUUGCAGCAAAAGGCUUUGAACUCCCUUCAGAAAUUCAGAGAGAAAAGAUCAACCACUCAGAUAGCUCAAGGAACAGGUACUCGGGCUGGCCUGCAGAGAUACAGAUAGAAGGCUGUAUACCGAAAGGACCAAGCUAACGUUGCCCGGCCUUAAUAAACGUGUUUUUAUAGACAAACGCAGCAUGGAAUGGACCAAGCAUCUGACCCAGCGGUCACUGUUUGAUGAGUAUUUGGGGCUUGCCAUCAGCCAACCAGAAUAUUUGCUGGUUGUAUAAAAUUUUGCUGUAUAGACGUUUUAUUUAUAGAGUGAAGAUCGCAGGACAACUGAAAUGAGUAACUGUUCAAGGAAGUGCCGUGAUUGAACUUUGAGAGGAGAGGGUUGGGGGAGCAACCACUGCUUGUUGGGGUGGAGGGCUAUUUUAUGAUCAGAUCUAAGUUUGACCCCUGUGGUCCAGACAGCUCUGCAGAGAGAAAACCUUUAUCCCUGAUCACCAGGCACACCCUCCUUUUGGAUGGUCAUCUCCUUCGAGGACGAGCAGCGGUCAGAGGGCGUAGCUAACAUCCGGGGUCCACCCUAGUUGAGCUGUUAAAGUCUCCCUGUGGGUCACUGAACUUAUUCACUCCACAAACCUAGGUGCCCCUACCUCGGGCACCAGCAGUGCCGCAGUGAAGAGCUCCAGGCUCUGCCUCCAUGUGGGAGCGUCCCUCCAGGGGCUGGGGGUGGGGAGGGAGGAGCUCUGACAGAGUGGGCGGGCAGGGUCUGCUGCUGGGAGGCUCACAGUCUACCCCACGCUUACCGGGAGACACCUCGUAAGAUCCAUGUAGCAGCAUAUCCAGAGAAGCACGUCUGGUGACUUGGGGUUAAGAAAAUCCAGUCACUGCCAAACACCCAUUCUAACGUCCCUCCCGGGGCUGGCUGCCGCAAAGGCUAGGAGACUUCGAUGCCCAGUUAAUAGUGCUUCUCGGAGCCUCUAGUUUCUCAUCAAUAAAAUAGAGGGAUUGGGACCGAGAGUGAUUUUCAAGCACUUUUAUCAGCAGGACUCCUUUUAAGAACAUGGUAGCAGGGGAUAGGUAGAGCUCAGUUGUGGAGCACAUGCUUAGCCUGCAUGAGGUUCAGUCCCCAGCGCCUCCGUUAAAAUAAAGAACGAAAGAAAAAUAAACCUAAUCCCCCUCCCCCCAAAAAAGAGCUUCUGAUAAAAAUGAAUGAAUAAAAUGAACACAUGGUAGCACGUGGCGCCCUCGCAGUGUCAAAGCAGCGGAGCUCAUCAGCGCUGGCUUCCCCUUCGUGCUCCCUGCCGGCUGCAGGUCAGCAGAGGCUUGGCCCUCCUCCUGAAGAUGGGUCCUGACCAUCAUGGAAGCCAGAGAGAGCAGGAGUCCAGGUGCCCCCCAGAGCUCCUGCCAGGACACAUACGAGCCCUCCCUCGUCCCCCCGCAGCAGGGGGACGUCACCCUCCUGGCAGCGGGGCGGGAGGUGGGGUGACUGCCCUCCCACAGGGGGGGAUGACUAUGUGUGAGCAGGAGGGGAGUGGCCACCGAAAGCCAAGCAGAGCUCCAGCCCAGAGAGGACCUCGGCCUCUGGGCAGUGGCCCUUCAGGGAGCCUGGACCUCUCUCUGCAAAGGCGUCUGCAAACCACUGGAUGGGAUCUUGGCUCAGGCCCUAUUACGAACUAAACUCUGUUCCCUCAGAUCCGUGAAUUGACCCCUAAUCAGCAUUUCCUCUAAACGUGACGCCGUGUGUCAGUAGGGUCAUGUAAUACGCUAGAGGGAAGUGGCCCCCAUCCAGUACGACUGCUGGUCUUACAGAAAAGGGACGUGUAGACACACACAAGCCCUUGGGGAGAAGGCCACGUGGCGAUGGAGGCAGAGAUCCAGGUGA